AUGAAGGACAACAACACCGUCAUCGAAGAGUUCAACGAGGUCGUCAACAUGACGGCCCAGGAGCUCGAAAAGUGGCUCAAGUCGGACGACUCGCAGAGCGCCGGGUGGCCCAAGGACGAGAGCGGCGACGCCGACGGCGAGUCGGUCGGGCACGACAGCGGGCGCCAGAUUGUCGAGAUUCUCAAGGCGAACCCGGACAAGGAGCCCGACAAGUACACCGACGACCAGAUUCAGCACAUGCGCAAGGUGGUCUCGUACUGCAAGCGACACCUCGCGCAGGAGGAAAAGGCCAACGAUGAAAAGUCGGCCGACGAGGUCAAAAAGACCAAGUCGUACGCGUCUCUCAAGAACUGGGGCCACGACCCGCUCAAGAAGCGGCAGGGCAACAGCAAGUCCACCGGCGGCUCCAAGGACGACGGGGGCGAGGAGGACAAGGACGACGACAAGCAGGCCGGAGACAAGCGCAAGGCGCCCGCGGACAAGGAAGAAGAGGACAAGAAUGAUUCGGGGCCAAACAAGAAGCGCGAGACCGAAAAGGGUGAGUCCACCAACAGCGACGACAAGGCCAAGGGCAACAAGGAGAACGACAAGGACGGAGACGAGGAUGAGUCCAGGGCCGACGGCGAGGCCAAGAAGACCUCUGGGGAUAAGAGCGACGAGAAGAAGAGCGGCGGCAAGGGAGCCGAGAACGGCCCCGAGGUGGGCGAAACCGUGAGCUGGAACUGGGGCAACGGCCAACCCGAGGGCAAGGUCCUGGAUGUCAAGGACGAAAAGACGACCAUCACGACUAAGCGCGGCAACGAAGUCUCUCGCGACGGCGACCCCGAGGACCCGGCCGUGGUGCUGGACACGGGCAAGUCCAAGGCCAUCAAGUCUGCGCACGAGCUCAACGACUAG